AUGAUAUAUCUCAGAUUAGAAGGUUUAAAAAUCUCAGAUGUAUUGAUUAGUACGAUUCUACGCUCGUGUCCAGAUAUACGCACUCUUAUUCUUGAUAAAAGUAAGGGUUUCUCUAACAUACCAAUUAUAGAAAUUGCAAGAUAUUGUCCAAAGCUAUUACAUCUGAGUCUUAAUUCAUGUAUAUGUCUCACUAAUCGAUGUAUCACUGAAAUUGCUCGCUCAUGCUCAAAGCUUAGACAUCUUGAGCUUGGUGAUUGCUCGAUUAGUAAUAAAGCUCUCGAGGAUAUAACCCGCAACUGUAAUAAUUUGAAAUAUCUUAGUUUGAAGGGAUGUAAAGGGAUUAGCGAAGAAGUAAUGAAAAAAUUCAAUCCAAAAAUUAAAAUCGAAUAUCCCGAUUAUUCAGAUGAUAAACGGCCCAAUUCUGAUCCACCUAUUCUAAUCCUUAGAGGUCCAUUAUUAGAUAGAACAGAUUUUAUUUCUGCAUUAAGUAAUUAUAUCAGAGAGAUUGGUGGGAUUAAUUCUAAUCUAUCAUGGUAUACAAAUAAUUAUAUUUAG